AUGCCUUCUUCCACCGUUAACGACGACCUGUCGGUUGCGGACGUGUUCAGCCCGCAGGCUGAUCUCGCACAGUCUUCCAUGGAUAUUCCGACCAAUCACCGUCGCCCCGAUGCGCACAUGUGUAAUAUGUCACCUCCCCGGAUGAACAAUGGAUUUGGCGACUUUGCGAAACCCGGCCUCAAUCCGCAUAUGAAGCCGCAGCGCCGAAAGAAUAAGAAAAAGAAUCAGGUCGGACCUGCUUGCUCCACUGUGCGCGGCUUUACUCCUCUGGCAUCCGGCGAUGAAGAAUCGGAUUUCUCCGCCGCGAGCUCCCGUACUCCAUCUCGUCCUCCUACUUCUCUAGGUGGUGGUAGCCCUUUGGCGCAACCAUCUACAGGCCAUGGAGUCAGCGCAUUGAAGCUUCAACUUAAUAACUUGAGCUUGGCCGACAAUACAGGUGCCACAAGCGGACUUGCUUCCCAGACACCAAGUGUUGUCAGUGCUUUCUCAGACAGCGACCAGACCGAGAUUUUAACGAGUUAUGAAGUGCCUCUGGACCAGGACUUUGUUAGCUCUGACGCUGUGCAACCCGAGACACCGGAGGAACGCGGUGUCGAUGCCGCUGGUGUGAGUGCGGAUCUGCGCAGCCAGCUGUGCCGGAAAAUGACCGCAGACGACUUUGAGCCUAUCCUCUGCCUAGGCAAGGGCUCGUUCGGAACAGUUCUGUUGGUGCGCCACGUCGUCACCGGCAAGCUGUAUGCCCAGAAGCAGUUCCGCAAGGCUUCGAUCACUGUGCACAAGAAACUGGUCGAGCAGACCAAGACCGAACGCACGAUUCUGGAGAGUGUCAACCGCCACCCAUUCGUCGUCAAACUAUUUUAUGCCUUCCAGGACCACGAAAAGCUUUACCUGAUCCUAGAAUAUGCGCAGGGCGGCGAACUUUUCCACCACCUCGCCAUGGAACGCAUGUUUGAAGAAGACGCGGCUGCUUUCUACAUGGCCGAGGUAGUUCUUGCGUUUGAACACCUGCACCAGAACGUCGGCGUCCUUUACCGCGAUCUGAAGCCCGAGAACUGCCUCCUCGACCAACAGGGCCACUUACUCCUCACAGACUUUGGACUUAGCAAAAUUGCCCUCAACGAUGAUGACCGCUGCAACUCUCUUCUCGGCACAAUCGAAUACAUGGCUCCGGAAGUCAUUCAAGGAAAACCUUACGGCAAAGCCUGCGACUGGUGGUCCCUCGGCGCCCUGGGCUUCGACCUACUUACCGGCUCGCCACCCUUCCGCGCAAACAACCACGCGAAACUCCAAGAGAAGAUCGUCAAACAGAAGCUCACUCUGCCUUACUACCUCGGACCCGACGCCAAAGACCUCCUCACCCGCCUUCUCCGCAAGGAACCAUCCAAGCGCCUGGGUUAUCACAUGGGAAAGGAUCUCCAGACCAUCAAGAAGCAUCGCUUCUUCCGCAAGAUCGACUGGGAUGCCCUCGAGCGCCGCGAACUCGACCCCCCUAUCUGUCCCGUUGUCACUGACCCAGCUCUGGCGGAGAACUUCUCCGUCGAUUUUACUCAGCUCCCGCUUAGCCCAUCCGUUGCAGGCCCUGGCUUUGAUGAAUACUAUGCCAACGGCCAGGAUUUCCCUGCUGGCAAAGCCCCCGAUGCGGAAGGGAUGAAUGCGGAGAGCAAUCCGUUCGGUGGAUUUAGCUAUGUUGCCUCAAGCAGUUUGCUGGAUCAUGGCCUGGGCGUCAUGACUGCGGAUUACUGA